GGUGAUUCUUCUAGAGCACAUUUCUAAGAUGGCGGACUUAGGCCAUCUUUCAUUCUUGGCGCUGUGCAUAGGAGUAUUAUUAUUUACAUGGAAAGAUCUUAGUUUUUCACAAGAAUCAGCACCAACUAAAACAGUUAGAGCACCGAAGUUAUCACAGAUUGCAGCACCAACUCUUAAAUUUUUGUUUUGCUACUCCUGAGGGUACCGCAAAGUGUUUGAGCAGUAUGCUCAAGCACUCCAUGAGAGGUUCCCGGGGCUGAAGAUAGAGGGAGACAACUAUCCCCCACCAGCUCCAAAAGCUAUGCUGGCUCAAGUGCUUAGUGUGGCAAAGUUAGUCCUUAUUGCUCUCAUAGUUAGUGGUUACAACCCUUUUACUUUCCUGAAUGUGGCAACACCAAGCGUAUACACUUGGGCUACCGAAAACAAGAUGUAUGCUUGCCUAAUGGUAUUUUUCAUCAGCAAUGCUAUUGAAGGGCAGAUGAUUUCCACAGGCGCAUUUGAAAUUUCCUUUAAUGAUGUUCCUAUCUGGUCUAAACUGGAAUCUGGCAGAAUACCAUCUCCACAAGAAAUGUUUGAGAUGGUCGGGAAUGUGAUGCGCUUAGGCCCCAAGUAGUAAAACUGAUUAAUUGUUGAUGAAUCUGAUUUGCCCCAGGGUGAUGGUCUGUAUACCUUACUUGUUGGCCAGCAUGCGCCAUGUGCAUUCAUGACGACUGCUGCACAAAGCGAGUCUUUCGCCAGCAGCAGUCUGAGUUACCUCUUGCGGCUGUACUUGGAAUGCGUGACGUUCAGCAAGUGAUCGUCAUCGGAUUGUCAUCAACUGAGCAUCAAGAGAUUCAGCAUUUAAUUGAAGCAUUGCUUGUUUACUUCUGUUCUCCUUCUUUUUUUUUUUCUCUCUCUCUCUCUUACCCUGUCUUAGAUAAUUCUCUCUUCCUUUUUGUUUUGUUUGGUUUUGUUUUUUUUUUUUUUUGGAAAGCUCUCUUCCACUAAAUGAAUUUUAACUUUCAUUAAAGCAGAUGUAUGUUGAUGUUAGAUCUGUAACUGUUAGGCCAUCAAAUUCUGUUCCCCUGCCUGUUUGUCUUUAACACAUACUUAUUUUAUGAUGGUGGAAACAUACAUUUUCAGUGGUCCGACAGCUCAUUUUUAAAAAGUUGUUUGAUCUGAAUUCAUAUGGACCAGGAGAAAAGAUGUGAUUUGCAGGGCAAUAUUUAUAGACUUUAAACUUGAGUGCAUUAUGUGAAUUCUUAUCAAACUACCUACAGGGUGUGUUGAAGAAUUUGCUAUUUACAAGUAUCUUUAGUGGGAGAAGUGUUUUUGCUUCUUUUUUUUUUUUUUUUUGUUUGGUGCUUGCAAAGUGAAAUCCUUUUGUCUAUCCACUAUCUUAACCAUACUUUCGUACAGUAUACAACAUAUUUCAGAAGACAGAAUAUAUCUUGGUUAACUCAUUUGAUGUCUGUGUUGUGAAGAUCCCUUUCUAUGGAAAUUUACAUAUUUAAAUCAAAAAGUCCACAUAGUCUGGAAACAGCGGACAAGACUUAAGCUCACAACUUACAUCAGCUAUAGUGGCCAACAUACACAGUUACUAGGAUUGAGUGUGAUAAAAUGUUUUAACUGUUAUCUCUAGAACAAUAGCUAUAACUUACAAGUAUUAAAAAUGCAUUCCAAAAUCUUAUGCUCUGAAUUCAACGUAAGUGUGUGCAGUCUGUGAAGUGAUCCUCCAAAACAAUCUGUAGAUGACAUUUUGAUUGUGAGCAAUUUAUUAACACACAAACUGUGUUACCAGUUAACCAUAACAAGUUGUUUUAUAUGAUCACGAAUAUUUUUUCAUGCAUCAAUCUGACUCCAUGCUAGUUAUAGUUUUUGAUUUCCUUUGAUAAUGAAUCAUGAGUUGUGCUCAUAUUAAAAGCCUUUGUAAAUGUUGAACAAAAGGUGUGCUGUUUUUCACUUUACGUGAUAUCUUAAAACUUAACCCACUGUGUACCCAAAUGUAAUACUGUAUGUUGACAGACAUCUAUUUCUGUUUUUCUGAGCAAAAAUAAAACUUAGGGCUCACAUUCAUGUAUACUAAUAACAUUGAGUGACUUGCUACAGAUAAUAACAGUAACUCCUCUCAUAUUUGACCUAUGUUUGCAAGCUAUUUCCAUGUUUUCUUUGUUUCUUCAUGAGAUUAGAUAAAGUGUGCAGUAAUGAAGAAAUAAGGCAUUUGAGCUUCCUACCUUUACCAGAGAGGAGCAGUCCUUCUUUAAUUUAUUCCAUGGAGAGUAUAUAUUAUCUGCACCAUGGCUUAUUCCCAAAUAUUUUUUUAAUUGUUUUAGAAGCAUUCCAGGCACACAUAUAUAUGAAGUUGGGAUUCUUCAGAUUUUAUGUACAUAAUCUCGGAUCAGUUAAUGAAUGCUUCAGAAAAAAAGUUAAGCAUCCGAGCCACAUCCCUAGUCAGUACAAUAAUUCUUUGCCAUGUAGACCUGCCAUCUAGGUAGUACAUGGAGACAUGCAGUGUGCCUGUAUGACUUUGAAGGACUGUGCAGUGGAGUCGGUGUUGGCUUGAUUCUCUUGGACCUAAAGAGUCCCAACCCCAACUUCUCAAGUUUCAUUGUGGUUUGUUAGUGUUUCAUUAGCAUUUGUUAUGUAACACUGUGUGGGGUUUGUUUUUUGGUUUGUUUUUUUUGUUUUUUUUUUGUAAUUUUGGGUACUUGCUUAUUGUACUUUUAAGACAGGUUUGAUUCCAGUCUUAACCAUGGAAUAUAUCAACAUGGUCAAAUAUUGUGUUUUAGAAGAGUUUUGGAAAGGCUGCAGACAAGUUCAGUCAUUAUAAAAUGAGCUUGUAAGCUUUUCAAAUUCUUUACAUGCUAAAUUUGAAAAAAGGGUUAUAUCUGCUUUUUGUGUUAAACAGAUAUUUGUUACCAUCCAGAAGAUACAUAUUUUGAUUGCAAGAUAGCUGGAAGAAAAAUGUAAACAUUUGCUGAAGAGUAAUAAAUUUUGUGAAUAAUUCAGAAAUUUUAAAGCUAUGGGCCACCUUCAUUCUUAUUUUAAAAUGUCUCAUAUUGGUUAGGUUUCUGUAUUGUCUGUCCUUAAAUGAUAAUGUUGGCUCUUUUGUGGAAUAUAAUUCUGGUCCAGUCCAGUAUAUCUAAUAUAUGAUCACACACUGAUGUUGCACCUUUAGUUUGUAAAACAGUAAGAAUACUUAGGUCCAGUGGAAUGUAAAAUUAAACAGCACUAACAGUGCAAAUGGCAUUUUGGCAAAUAUUAUGUUUUAGUAUUUUUUUCAACAAGGUCGUAGUUUCAUUUUGUGACUUCAGCAGAAACAGAGCAGAUUUUGCACAUACUUUUCUUGUGUCUUAAGCAAACUGUUUUUUGUUUUUUCUUUUUGUGGUUAAUACUAGCUUUGGUUAUUGACUGUAGCAGAAGAUUUAUAUAUAUGUACACACGUUUUUGUCAUUGGAUGUUGAUGCUUGAGCAGUAUAAUGCAGUAAGUACCCAGGCACAAUGUAUUUAAACAUCUACUGCAGUAAGUAGGCCUUAGGAAACAAGUCUGUUGAAAAAGGACACUGCUCAUUAUUUAGUAUUUGUUCCAAGUGCUGUCUUCAAAAUAGACUGCAAGACCUCUGUAAUGCUUAUGGAUUUAUCAUGCAAGAAGCUCAUUAAGGUUUUUGUUUUCUUUUGCGUUAAAGGGUUGCUUGCUAUUUGUUACAGUUGCUACAUAGUUUUGGACGGUAAUUACUAAUCACAUUCUUUUUAUAGCAAAUAGUUUCAUUGAUUUGAAAAACAUUAGCACUUGAACAAAGUGCCUUCCUAGGCUGUUUCAAUUUGGGGGAUCUUAACAUCCUUGGUGUUAACCCCAGGCAUUAUUACUCUGACUUCAAAUUUUAUGUUAGAAUGGCUGACCUUGAGUGUUAUUUAGGCUUGGAAUUUUAUGUAAAAAUAGUUUAACCCUGAGCAUUGCUUGGGGUAAUUCAACAAUAUGCCUGAGUACUGCUCAGGGUUGACUGUUUUUACUAGAAAUUCUGAGUCUUGGUAAUGCACAGGGUUAGCAGCAAGAAAGUAAAGAGUUGAAAGACUGCAAAAAUACAGUGUGUGCUAGUUUUUAUUUGCUCAAAACACAGCUCAGAGUGAAGUUAAAUAUUUGUUUUCUUUGCCAUUUUCUUUCUGUCCUAUGGGUGUCCACUAACUUCCAAUUUGUAGAAGGUGAAAGAAACUUGUAGAGACAUUGUGUGAAGGAAAGCAUGUGUGUAUUGCAAAUAGUGGAAAAACAGGUAUUCAAACAAUGUUUUUGUUGCUUAUCCUGUUUAACUAAACUUGUUUGGGUUUGAGUUUGUCCUUGGACACCAUAGAUGAGUGUUUCAUGCAUGUCCAGUGAGAGGGUCGGAAUUAUUUAGUUGUAGGAAUGGGAGUACAAGUCCAUUGUAUUCAACCGGUAACUGGCUUUCUAAAAAUGUUCUUGGUAUUUGUGUCUGUGGUUUUUGUACUUGUGUUCUGACUGUUAGAGCACCAAAGUGAGUGGAACCAGUGUGUAUAUGAUAUGAUGUUACAUGCAAGUAAAUAAAAUAUUUGGAGUAUGAGAAA